AUGAAGAGUACUGCCAGGCCUUGGAGUGCAGUGGCAAAGCAGGGGAGUCAUGGGGUUGACAGAGGAAAAUCGCUUUCCACCACCUCAACAGGAAUGAAGACAUCCAAGUCCUCGACUUCACUUGCCUUUGAAUCUCGGCUUAGCAAGCUGAAGCGGGCAAGCAGUGACGACAUGCUGACAAAACCAGGGGUGGCAGCAGCUUCCGGAGUCUCUAGACUGAAGAAGACCAUCACAACAGGAGCCAUUUCCGAGCUUGCGGAGAGUCGGCUGAAGCCCAGCACAGGAACAGUUUCAGCUGCAAAGCGCACAGGUAUUCCAGCACCCCGGGAAAUAUCAUCGUCUGUAUCCAGAGAGAGAGCUGUAUUGCGUGGUCAGGCCAAUACUAGGAAAACACAACCCAGCCCCACCUCUUCUGGAACACUGACUCCUACCAAACACGUGCGCCCUUCUAGCAAGUCCAAGCAAGAGAAUGAAACUGGUGACAAGGCUGUUCUGGAAUCUCAGGUUAAAGAACUCCUGGCAGAAGCAAAAACAAAAGAUUCUGAAAUUACCAAACUCCGUUGUGAACUGAAGAAAUGCAAAGAGAAGGGGUCACUUAAUGCUGAAGGAAUGGGUGCUUCCAACCAAAAUUUAGAAACAGUAUCACCUGUUGACAUAGAUCCAUUAAUAUGGACCCUUCAGGAAAAAAACAGGACUUUUCAAAAAGAGCUUGCUAGCCUGGGAGAGGAAAAUCGUGUUUUGAAAGAAAAAUUGCUUUAUUUAGAGAACUCUCCCCUCUCGGACACAACAACCAGCAGUGGAGGUGACAGCAGCCUCCCAACCCCAACUACCCAAGAAUCCAGUUUUGGAAGCCCAUCAAAAAAUAAGUCAAGAAGUGAAGUGGAUGAGCACAGGCAGCGUGUGAAUGGGGGUGCACUGCGCAAUUCAGGUUCUUCCAGCAGUGAUGUAACUAAAGCUUCCUUGUCACCCGAUGCAUCCGAUUUUGAACAUAUAGCAGAUGUACCUUCCAGGCCAACGUCCUCCAACAGCAACCACUUCAAAGGUUCCAAAUGCUCCACUACAGGAAGUUCUCCAAACAAUGUUAGUGACCUUUCUGUUGCAUCGCUUACAGAGAGAAUACAAAAAAUGGAGGAGAAUCACCACAGCACAGCAGAAGAAUUACAAGCCACUUUGCAGGAGCUGUCGGAUCAGCAGCAAAUGGUGCAGGAGCUGACAACAGAAAAUGAGAAGCUAGUGGAAGAGAAAGCUCUCCUGGAAACUUCCUUUCGUCAACAUAGGGAUAAAGCAGAACAGCUGAGCCAAGAAAAUGAGAAGCUAAUGACUCUCCUUCAAGAGCGAUCCAAGAAUGAAGAAAGCAGAGCUCAGGAGGGGAAAGUCCUUGAACUGGAACAGAAAUGUGCAGAAGUUCUUGAAAAAGCACAAUUUGAAAGAGAGAAAUUGCUCAACAUUCAGCAACAGUUAACCAGCAGCCUACGAAGCUUAGAAAGGGAGCAUCAAGAUGCCCAGCAGGUGAUUAAAAGCUUGAGAGAAGAAAAUGAGAAGCUGCUUAAACUUCUAGAAAUGGAACAGCAGAGCAACAGCACAGUGGCAAAAACUCUGGAGGACUGUAAAAUUGCCUUAGAAGGUCUAAAAAUUGAGAAUGGCUCUCUCAAAACUCAGUUAGAGAGUGAGAAACAAAAGGCUGCAGAAAUCAAUGCGAUGGGGUGUACUACUGACAACUCUGAGGUGCAAGAGAUGCUGAAAGUAGCUCAUGCAGAAAAGGACCAGUUAGAAGCAUCUUGCACUGAGCUUAAACAAGAGCUGCUGAAAGCAAACAGUGAACUGAAGCACAUUCAGGGUCUGCUAUCUAAGGCUGAGAGUGAGUGUGGUCAGCUGAAGGAGGUGUGUGACCGGCAGGCUGAGCAACUGAGCAGAACCAGCCAGAAGCUGCAGGAAAAAACAUCAGAGAAUGAAGCAGAUAUAAAAAACCUGAAAGAGACCAUUUUUGAGUUGGAGGACCAGGUGGAACAACAUCGUGCUAUAAAACUUCACAAUAACCAGCUCAUCAGUGACCUAGAAACUAAAGCAAUGAAGCUGGAAGAACAAAAACAAGAUACAGAGAGGCAGCUGAAGGCUCUGACUAAGCAAAUGAAGGAAGAUACAGAAGAGUGGAGGCGUUUUCAAGCUGAUCUGCAGACUGCCGUGGUUGUAGCCAAUGAUAUUAAGUGUGAAGCCCAGCAGGAGCUCCGUGUUGUGAAGAGGAAGCUUCAGGAGGAAGAGGAGAAGAGUGCCAGACUGCAGAAGGAGCUGGAUGAAGUGAAAGGCAGCAACAGGUUGGUUACUUACAAAGGCGAAGUAAUUCCUGUAACUGAAGAGGUAGAAUCUCUAGAGGCAGACACAACCAACCGCUGGCAAGGAGUCUGCAUUAGCAGAGCAUCUCCCACACCGUCCGAAUCUGCAGCCACUGUGAAGUCACUGAUAAAAUCCUUUGACUUAGGAUGCUCAGGUGGCAGUGGACAAAAUAUCACGGUUCACAAGGUCCCCAGGAGCCCUCUAAGUGGAAUUCCAGUGAGGACAGCCCCAGCAGCUGCUGUUUCCCCCAUGCAGAGACAUUCUGUUUAUAAUAAUGCCAAGCCAGCCAGCAAGGGUGUUGCCAGACAUACAGAUCUUUCAGACCUUCCUCUUGCAGAGCUUCUGAAGGGGAGAAAUGAAGAGCUGAAACCAGACCAUUACCUCCGUAAAAGCCCCUCCCUGGAAUCCCUGAGCAAACCCCCUAUGACCUUCAGCAGCAGAAUGCUUACCUCUGCCCCCAGCAGCUUGAAACCCCAAAGCAAACUAAGUGUGGAGAGAAAGGACCCGCUGGCAGCCCUGGCUCGGGAGUAUGGUGGCUCAAAGAGGAAUGCUCUAUUGAAAUGGUGCCAAAAGAAGACUGAAGGUUACCAGAAUAUUGAUAUUACGAACUUUAGCAGCAGCUGGAGUGAUGGGCUGGCCUUCUGCGCUCUCCUGCACACAUAUUUGCCUGCACAUAUUCCUUACCAGGAGCUCAACAGCCAGGAUAAAAAGAGAAAUCUGCUGUUAGCAUUUCAAGCUGCUGAAAGUGUAGGCAUCAAACCCAGCCUGGAACUCAGUGAGAUGAUGUACACAGACCGGCCAGACUGGCAGAGUGUGAUGCAGUACGUCGCCCAGAUUUACAAGUACUUUGAGACCUGAGAUACAGAGCAAGAGGUGGACAGAAGUGGGGUAGAGAACAAAGAAUGCUACAGAUGCACUUGAUCACUUUAAAAAUCCGCUUGCUCCUCUUCUACAACCAACCGAAGCUCUUAGUUCGAAAGAAAGCUCUUCCAUAAUUUUGAUUACAUCUGGGACUGCAACCAAAUAAAUAUCCAUUGUCCAUCUAUACCAGACAAAUUUGUCUGCAAUUUUACUCACACGUGGAAAUUGCAAAGCAUUUUUGAACACGCGUGGGAUAUUUCUGA